ACCUGGGAGACGGAGGUUGCAGUCAGUCGAGAUAGCGCCAUUGCACUCCAGACUGGGCGACAGAGAGGGCCUCCAUCUCAAAAAAACAAAGCAGGCCGGGCGCGGUGGCUCACGUCUGUAAUCCCAGCACUUUGGGAGGCUGAGGCGGGCGGAUCACGAGGUCAGGAGAUCGAGGCCAUCCUGGCUAACACGGUGAAACCCUGUCUCUACUAAAAAUACAAAAAAUUAGUCGGGGGUGGUGGCGGGCACCUGUAGUAGUCCCAGCUACUCUGGAGGCUGAGGCAGGAGAAUGGCGUGAACCCGGAAGGCGGAGCUUGCAGUGAGCCAAGAUCGCGCCACCGCACUCCAGCCUUGGCGACAGAGCAAGACUCCAUCUCAAAAACAAACAACAACAACAAAAAAUAGCAACAUAAAACUAAUAUUAUCUGGCCGGGCGCGGUGGCUUAAGCCGGUAAUCCCAGCGCAGUGCGAGGCCAAGGCGGGCGGAUCGCUUUGAGUCCCGGAGUUCGAGACGCCUGGGCAAUAUAACAAGACCCUGUCUAUACAAAACAAAACAUAAAUUAGCUGGGCACGGUGGCGUGUGCCGCCUGUAGUCCCAGCUACUCAGGAGGCUGAGGCGGGAGGAUCGCUUGAGCCCGGAAGGUUGAGACUGCAGUGAGCCGUGAUCGCACCACUGCACUCCAGCCUGGGUGACACAGUGAAAAUAUUUCUCCAAAAUAAUACCAAUAGUAUGCCCUUUAAUUUGUACCUUAGGACGUAGUUACAUACUAAAAUGCAGACUUGUUAUCUCCAUUUUGCAGAGUAGGAAACGAAGGCUCAGGAAGGUUAGGUGAGUUCCCCAUGUCACCGCGCUGUUUAAGUGGUGAAGCGGAGUCUCAAGCUCUGUUCUCCCCUACGCCUGGCGCCCUCACCCUGGGUGAGUCUGGACGUCUGCCAGCCCAAGGCGGGCGCAGCGACCCCAGCCUCCAGCGCCCCCCUCUGACGAGCCUGGGAUUCGCACGCCCGCUGCCGUCGGGGACAGGGUCUCUGCCCCUCCUCCGGGGCGGUGGUCCAGUGACGUCAUCGCUUCUUUAAGACCCCCCCGCCUCCGCCCCUGUCCCGACACUCGGCCUAGGAAUUUCCCUUAUCUCCUUCGCAGUGCAGCUCCUUCAACCUCACCAUGGCCUCUGCCGGAAUGCAGAUCCUGGGAGUCGUCCUGACACUGCUGGGCUGGGUGAAUGGCCUGGUCUCCUGCGCCCUGCCCAUGUGGAAAGUGACCGCUUUCAUCGGCAACAGCAUCGUGGUGGCCCAGGUGGUGUGGGAGGGCCUGUGGAUGUCCUGCGUGGUGCAGAGCACGGGCCAGAUGCAGUGCAAGGUGUACGACUCACUGCUGGCGCUGCCGCAGGACCUGCAGGCCGCACGUGCCCUCUGUGUCAUCGCUCUCCUUGUGGCCCUGUUCGGCUUGCUGGUCUACCUUGCUGGGGCCAAGUGUACCACCUGUGUGGAGGAGAAGGAUUCCAAGGCCCGCCUGGUGCUCACGUCUGGGAUUGUCUUUGUCUUCUCAGGGGUCCUGACGCUGAUCCCCGUGUGCUGGACGGCGCAUGCCAUCAUCCGGGACUUCUAUAACCCCCUGGUGGCUGAGGCCCAAAAGCGGGAGCUGGGGGCCUCCCUCUACUUGGGCUGGGCGGCCUCAGGCCUUUUGUUGCUGGGUGGGGGGCUGCUGUGCUGCACUUGCCCCUCGAGGGGGUCCCGGGGCCCCAGCCAUUACAUGGCCCGCUACUCAACAUCUGCCCCUGCCAUCUCUCGGGGGCCCUCUGAGUACCCCACCAAGAAUUACGUCUGACGUGGAGGGGAAUGGGGGCUCCACUGGCGCUAGAGCCAUCCAGAAGUGGCAGUGCCCAACAGCUUUGGGAUGGGUUCGUAUCUUUUGUUUCUGCCUCCUAUUUUCCUUUUGACUGAGGAUAUUUAAAAUUCAUUUGAAAACUGAACCAAGAUGAUGACUCAGACUCCCACUUAGGCUCUGCUGUUUCUCACCCUUGGAUGAUGGAGCCAAAGAGGGGAUGCUUUGAGAUUCUGGAUCUUGACAUGCCCAUCUUAGAAGCCAGUCGAGCUGUGGAACUAAUGUGGAGGCUGCUUGCUGUGCUGGCCUUUGCAACAAGACAGACUGUCCCCAAGAGUUCCUGCUGCUGCUGGGGGCCGGCCUUCCCUAGAUGUCACUGGACAGCUGCCCCCCAUCCUACUCAGGCCUCUGGAGCUCCUCUCUUCACCCCUGGAAAAGCAAGUGAUCUGUUAACAAAGGACUACCCACCUCCGGAACUUCUGACCUCUGGCUCUUCCGUCCUGAUAGGACGUCCACCCCCCAGGGCCAGGUCCCAGCUAUUUAGACCCCCGCCCCCACCUCCAACACUGCAUGCUUCUGCCCUGCCUGCCCCGCCUCACCCCCUUUACACUCACAUUUUUACCAAAUAAAGCAUGUUUUGUUAGUG